UUGGACACUUCCUUAUUGUUUUUACCCUGGAUAGCAAAAUCGGCAAUUUGAUUUAUUAUCGUUGUUUGCCAAGUCUUUUGCCAAGAAACACAUAUUAGUCAUCCUAUCCCACAACUUCUGUCUAAUGUCUAAUUGCCGUUUACAUUUGGACGUGUAAGCUAUAUUGUCAUGUGACUCUCUUACAGUUAUCUGGGAGGUUUUCAUGCUUUGACAAUGUUCCUAUGAAAACCAGUAUAGACAAUUUUCUAACCGGUACUUUUUUGCUAAUCGGUCCUCACAAUUGUUCUCUAAGCUGGCACACAAUCAAAGAUUUUAUGUGUUUAUGUAUUCAUUGAGGUCAAUCUGCCUUCAAAGGUCACAUUGGGAGCAUUUUCUUCUUGUUUUUACCCUGGAUAAUAAUAGCCCACAGUCAAACCUUUAUUAUCGUUGUUUGCCAAGUCGUUUGAAAGAACCACUUCUUACUCGUCCUUCUCUACAACUUUUGUCUAAUGCUGACAAAAAGAAUUCAUUUACGUUUACAUUUUGACUUCGGAGAUAUUGUCAUGUCCCUCGGAGAUAUUGUGUUGAAAAAUCAGAUUUGUAGCAAUAUUUGUGGAUGCAGUAGGCUUUAGUUAGGUGUUUUGUUGUUAUUUACUGGCAGUGACAAGGGGUCAAAAGGUCACCACCUAUGUAUAACAUGAUCAAUCCGUAAUUUUUUUUUCGUCAAAUUAAUCUUUAGAGGGCGGACAAUCAUGCCAAUGUGACUUUUUUUCAUGUUCUAAAAGUCAGGUAGGUGAUUUUUGACAGCCUCUUUCUCCCAUGAUCCCCAUGAAUAUGCAUAGGAAAUACUGCAAUGUAGCCAGCAUAGCUUAUGCCGACAGGAUUUUUGAAAAAAAUCUUUUGUGGCAUAUACCCUGAACUCGAUCGAACAUAUCCAUUUUUGGUAUUCCUAUUAUAAAAAGUGCACCCUACUAUAUUUUUUCCGCGUCGAAGCUAUUCAUCUUGUGGCCAUUAACUUUAGAAAUCCCCAUAGGCCUAAAACUGUGUUCUGCUACCGUCAACCACAACCUGCCGAACCGGUUCUGACCCUGAAGCCGUGAGGAUCUGUGUCGACGUGAAAACAGCGCGCAGUAGUCUGGAGCAUCAGCGUACCUUUGAUCUGGAGCUUAACAAACAUGGCGACUGCAGCCGGAUCUUAUCUAAAACAAGGGGAGGGAGAGGAUAGACAGGAUUCUCCACGUACCCACAAGUGCAGUUAUUGCGACAGGAAGUUUCGCUUCAAAAGUAAGCUCAAUCAACACCUGCGUAGUCACACUGGUGAGAGACCAUACCGGUGUGGUGAAUGCGGGAAACGGUUUAAUCAACUUGGAAAUCUGAAGGCACAUAUGCGACUUCACACAGGUGAGAAACCGUACAAGUGUGAAUAUUGCAACAAAGGCUUCAGUCAGUCAACUCAUCUGAAGAGACACGUGCGGAUUCACACAGGGGAAUCCAACAUGGCGACUGGAGCUGGAUCUCAUCUGACACAAUGGCAGUAUUCUCGCCGUACCCACAAGUGCAGCCAUUGCGACAAGGAGUUUCCCUUCAAAAGUAACCUCGAUCGACACCUGCUUACUCACACUGGUGAGAGACCAUACAUUUGUGGGGAAUGCGGGAAACGGUGCAGUCAGCUGGGCGAUCUAAGGAAACACAUGGUUACUCACAAAGAUAAGAGACCAUACCAGUGUGAUGAAUGUGGGGAAAUGUUUAGUCGGCUAUCUAUUCUGAAGGACCACAUGACGACUCACAUCGGUGAAAAACCGCAUCGAUGCCAGGAGUGUAGCAAGCAGUUUAGUAGGUUGAGCUAUGUGAAGAGGCACUUGCGACUUCACAAGGGUGAAAAACCGUACCAAUGUCAGAAGUGCGGUAGGCAGGUCAGUAGGCUGUGCGAUCUAAAAGUACACAUGCGGACCCACACCGGUGAAAAACCGUACAAGUGUGAACAGUGCAGCAAAUGCUUCAGCCAGUCAACAAAUUUUAGGGUUCACAUGCGGACUCACACGGGGGAACUUCCGUACAGAUGUGAGAAGUGCAGCAAGCAGUUCACUACGUUGUCAAAUUUAAAGAGGCACAUUCGGACUCACACAGGUGAGAAACCGUACAAAUGUGAGACAUGCUACAACCAUUUCCGUGAACUUGGAACCCUGAAAAAACACAUGCGGACUCACACAGGUGAGAAACCGUACAUAUGUGAGGCAUGCAGCAAGCAGUUCAGUCACCUGGGAAGUCUGAAGAAACACAUGCGGACUCACACUGGUGAAAUACCGUAAAGGUGUGAACAAUGCAACAGAAGAUUUCGCCAGUAACGUAGUCUUCGUGCGCACAUGCAAUCUCACAUCGGUGAAAGUAUCUCAAUAACGGUGUGGCAAUAACAUGUACAUAUUGUUACACAGAGAAAAAGGAUUACAUCUUAAGCUUGUGGCUUAGUAGAAAAAGCCACAAACCAAAAGUUUGUCACUUGAUCGAUUUUUUUCUUAGUAAAGGUGUUUCUCUUAAUAAAGGUGGCCUACAUGUA